UCUCCACGAUUGGGGCGAGAAUACGCUCGUCGCGAAGGAAUAGAAAUGGUCAUUCACGAUAAGUCCGAGAGGAGGAGGAGAUCGAGCUGCCGCCGGUCAAGAUCCACGCUCAACACCGCGUAAUCCUUCUCUCGAGCGCGCCAGGUGAGCGAAUCGAUCCAAUCCAGCUCUAGCGCCGCGCGCUCGAGAAAUCGAUCGAUCGUUAUCAGGUCAGGGGAGAAUGGGGAAUUGCCUGGGACACGGAUCCAGGGAAAAUAUCCACCAUCACAGGCGCGAUGACAAGAACAGCGCCUACGAUUUCCCUCCCAAGGCCAACAAUGCCGCCACUGUCACGGCCGCCCCGGCGCAGCCACCGCCGCCCUCCAACAAAAACAAUCGCGAGCAGCCGACGAGCUCUCCGCUGCCACAGCCCAAGCCGAGCAGCCGUCACGCGCCGACGAUCCACUCCAUCACCGCCAAUGUGCUGGGAAAGCCGCUCGAGGACGUGAGAGCCAUGUACGUCCUGGGCCGGGAGCUCGGGCGUGGCCAGUUUGGGGUCACACACCUCUGCACGGACAGGGCCUCCGGGAAGACUUACGCUUGCAAGACCAUCGCCAAGAGGAAGCUUAUCUCCAAGGCCGAUGUGGAGGACGUGAAGAGGGAGGUCCAGAUCAUGCACCACCUUAGAGGCAACGAGAACAUCGUGGAGCUUCGAGGAUCGUACGAGGACAAGCACUCGGUCCACUUGGUGAUGGAGCUUUGCGAGGGUGGAGAGCUUUUCGACCGGAUCAUCGCCAGGGGACACUACAGCGAGAGAGCUGCCGCUGCGCUGUGCCGGACGAUCGUGAGGGUGGUGUAUAUAUGCCACUCGCUCGGGGUGAUGCACCGGGAUCUCAAGCCCGAGAACUUUCUCCUGGCGGACAAGAGCGAGAGUGCUCCUCUCAAGGCUACGGAUUUUGGACUCUCGGUGUUCUUCAAGCAUGGUGACAAGUUCACGGAUCUGGUUGGAAGCGCUUACUACGUAGCUCCGGAAGUUCUUCGCCGCAACUACGGACCCGAGGCCGACGUGUGGAGCGCUGGAGUGAUCUUGUACAUUCUUUUGUCCGGAGUACCACCGUUCUGGGCAGAAAGUGAGCAGGGAAUUUUCGAUGCUGUCCUUCGCGGCCAAGUGGACUUUGUAAGUGAUCCAUGGCCGUCGAUUUCGUCAUCGGCCAAGGAUUUGGUGAAGAAAAUGUUGACGCAAGAUGUGAAGAAAAGGGUCACUGCGGCAGAAGUUCUCAGCCAUCCUUGGGUGAGAGAAGAUGGUGAUGCUCCAGAUGCACCACUUGACAAUGCGGUAUUGUCGAGGAUGAAGCAGUUCACCGCAAUGAACAAGCUAAAGAAACUGGCGCUCAAGGUCAUUGCAGCAAGCCUCUCGGAAGAAGAGAUCACAGGACUCAAGGAAAUGUUUAGCAGCAUGGACACAGACGGCAGUGGCACCAUUACAUUCGAUGAGCUCAAAGCUGGUCUUGAAAGGCUAGGAUCCAACCUCAGGGAUGCGGAAAUCCGCCAGAUCAUGAACGCUGCCGAUGUCGAUGGAAACGGGACGAUUGACUAUCUCGAAUUCAUCACAGCCACAAUGCAGAUGAACAAGAUGCAAAAGGAAGAUCACUUAUAUUCCGCGUUUCAAUUCUUUGACAACGACAAUAGCGGCUACAUCACGAUGGAGGAGCUCGAAGAAGCUCUAGUUAAAUACGGUAUGGGCGACCAUGAAACAAUGAAGGAAAUUCUUAAAGAAGUGGACACAGACAACGAUGGAAAGAUUAACUACGACGAGUUUGUAGCCAUGAUGACUAAAGGAGCUGCGCCAAGCAGCGAGCAACAAAACAAUAGAAGAAAAGGCCAGGAACUUCCCGUGGGAGCUCCAAGGCACAGGAAAUAAGUACCUGUGAGAAAAACUUGGGUUCGCUUUUAUUUUCUUUUUGCCUUGAGCUUUGGAUUUUUGCUAAUCAAAAUAAGUCGCAGAGAGAAAUUACAGUCAUCGUACUUGUUACGAUCGAUCGAUCGAUCGAUUCAAGGUGCUGCUGCGUCGGCAGGCUUUUCCUCUACUGGAUUCUUCCUAUACUCGGGUUUAAGCUCGUAAGUCCCUUGGUUGGUUCCCCUCUUGUUGUAAGUGCAGAGAUCGUUGAGAAUCUCCUUCAGGAAGGCCUGAGAAAGAAGAGCUCGUGAAAACGAUAUCACAGUAACGAAGAGAAGAGUUUGCUUUUACGUACCACAGGCUGGUCGGUUCUCUGGACGAGCUGCUUCAAAGCCCAGUUGGCCUGUUGCUCGAAGAGCUUGAAGACAUGGUCUUCCAAUUCGCCCCUCUCUCUCCUCGUUCUCUUGCCGUCAUUGUUCUUGGCAUUGACAGGCGCUUUUCUCUUGGCAGCAUCCUUCAAAAUAAAAAGUAAAGAGAUUGAUUUUCGUA